CUCUCCUCACCUAUCCAGCAGUGGAAGAAAAGCAGAGGUGAAAGUUCGUUGCUGUGCGCCGUGCCGGAGAUCUCACGUCUUGAGAGGGAAAUAUGGGUGAAAACGAAGAAUUUGCCGUUUCUUUACAAGACAGCAAAGCUGCAUACGUGCUCAGUAACGUUGCGGAAGUGGUUGAGCGAAUUCUUACAUUCGUACCAACCAAAUCGCUCCUUCAUAUUGCAAGUGUGUGCAGGUUGUGGAGGAACUGUGCCCGCAGAGUCCUGAGGACACCCCAGCAGGUGAGCUGGGUGUCGGCAUGUGGACCGUCUGACACCGAGGCUCAUGCCCUUUGCAGCGUCCUGGCUGAGGAGGUGGAGAAAGUGUUCCUCCUCCCUAAAACAGUUCUGACAAUGGUAGACUGUCAGGCCUUCAAUGGACAAGCCUAUCGCUACGGACAGAGUAAAGCAAAAAGGAGUCGCCACAGUCUGGACACCAUUGAAGAACUGAACCUGGUCUUCCCCAAAGGCUGUGACGUCAUCGGCAUUGCUGCACCAGGCAUAGUCUUGACUCCCACUGGCCUUUGCUCCAGCCCUCCUCAGGAGUACCAGGAGGGGGAGGGGGAGGCUGGUUUUGCACUCAUGUUCCCCAGCGUGGAAGGUUUACACAUAAAGCCCUUUCAUUUUUGCAAGAAGUCAAUCUCCCCAACAGCCUUGCAAGAAGCAGGACUUGUUGACAACCCAGAGCUGCGUGUGGUCCUGAUGUUUGUUUAUGAGGCCUAUAAUACUGGAGGAUCACGCUUCCUCAACAAAAUACUGGAGCCACUGGCUAAGAGUAAAGCUCUUAUCGCUGGAGGGCUUGUAGACACUGUUUUCUCUCCUACAAGGCACUGCUGUAGCCAGGGGGCAUGCGGGGUGGUGGGCCUGGCUCUGAGUGGCCCUAAGGUGCAGGGGGCAUCUGUACUCUUGGACCAAGACAUCACCAACCCAAAGGCGGCCGAAGCCACAAUCCGGAGGCUGAAGGCAGCAAAAAUUCCUGAAAGAAACACCAUAGGGCUUAUGUUUGCCUGCUUGGGCAGAGGCUCGAGCUUCUACAACAACCAGGCUAAUGUAGAGGCUGAAGCCUUCCGCAAGGUAUUCCCCAACACCCCGCUCUUUGGCUUGUUCGGCAACGGGGAGAUCGGCUGUGACCGGAUCGUUAAAGAUGACUACACGCUAUGCGACACUGACACAGAAAGCCUGCAGCACGAGUACACUACGGUCAUGACCCUGGUGCAUCUAGGCUGAGUGAUGGACCUACAGUUACGAUUGACAAACAGGCAAGAUGACCCAUCAAGCUCCUGUUUGCCAAGGCGGUGGGAACAAGAAAUAUUCUAUAUGGAGUGUUAAACACACUGCAUCUCAGAACAUUUCUGCUCAUAAAGCAGGCAAACAGUCCCUUAAGUCAUCACUGUAAUGGCAUCAUUUGGGAAAUUGCGACCCUUGGAGACUGUGUGUGUAAACACAGCUUCGGUUUCACAAAGUUCAUAUAUAUAAAAGACAAAAGGAUCAUCUCUUUUUACAUUCUGAUGUGAUAGCACUCUUGUAAAAUAUAUUUGUUUAUAUUUACCCUAAACUUCGCACACAUUCAAGGCAUAUCUUACCCUCUGACAUAAACCUCAUGGUGUGUUUGCUUUGCAGGUGAGUGAAUUAUUCACACUUGUGUGUCCCACAAGUUAUUAUUCUAGUUAUUGAUUCAGCGCAGGCACUUUUAAUCCAUGUAAAUAAGACAAAUAUAGUCCCUCUUCCACAAAAUCGAGGUGAUCUUGAUUUAAAUGUUUCCUUGUCAUGAAGCUUUUACACUAAAGAUUUUUACAUUUUGUCUUACCAAUGGGGAAAAUAAUAAUCUGAGUAAGCUUAUAAAUAAAACCCCUUGGGACAUACAUUCCUCUUGGUUCAGUUGGUCACAGGGAUAUAACUGUGAACCUCACAGUGCCUCUUUUUGGUCCUUGUGUCAGGUCAUAUCUCCUGCUUCCUACUUCUAGUACUUAAUGGUUGAGCUCAGUGUUUACUUCAUACUACACACUUCUGCAGGUUGGGAGAAAAAUAUUUUGAAAGCUGAAGGUAAAAUAGAUUAGGAUGGCUGUACUGAAGACCGACACUGAAAAGAGGAAAAAUGGAAUUCACCCCAUGUUAAGUGUACAAUUAAUUCCUCGUGGAAACGGUUGAUGGUUUGGAAUUGAAUCCCCUCAAGGUCAGAAAAAGCUUUUCUGUUUUGGAUCCUUUUUGUAAAAAAAAAAAAAAGUAAAGAUUCUCUUCAAAAUGUUAUUAUGAAUUACUUGAUAAUAUGUUUAAAAGAAAGAUCAGAAUUUAACGGACAGCUCUGUGUGAUAUAAUAUAAGUCUCUGUUGAAUUUAUUAAGGUAUCAUUUCUUUAAAUGGGCCAGUCAUUGAUGUAAUUCAGGCGUUUUCUUUACUGACACAAAUAUCCAGCUGACCUGAAAGUGCAAUUCUCGGUUUAAAUUUCUUGGUGAAGUACUUUUUGAAGUUCAGUUUUUUUGCAAUGUUGAUUAUUGCAGAAAAUGUCCAGUAUUUUUACCUUUUAAUAAAUAAAUUAGAAAUCCUUAACAUUUAACUUUUAGUAUCUGAAGAGGAACUUUAAAAGUAUUGGUGCUUUUUGCUCGUUGAACAAAACAUUGUUUUGGUGUUGAUGCACUUUUCUACAUGUGCCAAGUCAUAUCUGUUCUGCUCAUUUCUUCAAUAAAUGACAAACAUCCAAUAUUUAA